AUGGUUAAAGAAGAAGAAGUGCCCCCUUCCGCCUGCCCAGUCGACCACAAAAGCCGCGCCGCUUGGAUGGAGCAGACAGCGGCGCAAAGGCCAGCACAGAAUUCCUCGAAGUCGCCAUUACCUGUCGGCGAGACCUGCGACUCUUCACAAGUAGAUCAAUCAACCUCGAGAGACUCUCCACUACAACUGCCAUCGUUUCUACGUGGACCUCGUCUAGCCACCGACCGCGAAGUCUCCACGAUUCCGCGAGCGCUGCCCGAGGCGACGAAGGAUGGCAAGCGGCCAGCAAACAACGAGCAAGAGACGGGGGCAGACAAGAGCUCUGGCAACUGGAUAUACCCGUCUGAGCAGAUGUUCUUCAACGCGAUGAGGAGGAAGAAUUACGAUCCCCAGGCGGAGGACAUGCGGAGCAUAAUACCUAUACACAAUGCUGUGAAUGAGCGGGCGUGGAAGGAGAUUAAGGAGUGGGAGAAAGGGAGGGGGGCCGACGCCUGCGGUGGACCGCGCCUUGAAUCGUUUAGCGGCUCUGCGACUUCGUUGACGCCCAAGGCGCGCCUAAACACCUUCAUGGGAUAUUCGGCACCGUUCGACCGCCACGACUGGGUAGUAGAUCGGUGUGGCAAGAAGGUCGAAUACGUGAUAGACUUCUACGCCGGCAAAGACGAGCACAAGCCUGGCAAGAGCCUGAACUUCUACUUGGACGUACGGCCUAAGCUGAACACUUUGGAGGGGUGGAAGAUGCGAGCUGGUCGUCUCGUGGGAUUGUAG